AUGUCUAAAUGGGAAAUYUCAAUCGAACUUCACAAGCAGGCGARGAAAAUUUUCAUUAGACGUAGAGUUAACGUGUAUGGGAAAAAUGAUUUAUGGCAAGCUGACUUGGUUGAAAUGAUUCCAUAUUCCAAUAAAAAUAAAAAUAACAAGUACAUUUUGACCGUAAUUGAAUGUUUCACGAAACGAGCCUGGGCAUUACCAUUCAAGUCUAAAACAGGUAAAGAUGCAGAUGCUAACCCUGAGUCGGUGGAAAUAAAACAUCGUGAAAUAAAAUAUAAUGCAAAAAUUAAAUUCAAAGUCGGUGAUAACGUUCGUAUCAGUACACAAAAGGGUGUGUUCACAAAAGGUUAUUUACCAAACUGGUCUACAGAAAUAUUCGAGAUUAUCAAAAUAAAUAAAACAUUACCAGUUWCAUAUCAGUUACAUGAUUAUAUGGGUAAACCUAUUGCAGGUUGUUUUUACUCUGAAGAAAUAUUCAAAACUAAUUUCCCUAACGAAUAUUUGAUCGAAAAAAUUAUACGUAAAAAACCUAACCAAAUAUUUGUCAAGUGGCUUGGAUUUAAUAAUUCACAUAAUAGUUGGAUAAAUACACGUGAUGUUARAAAUAGAGUCAGUCGUUUUAAAACUAUGAACGUGUUUGGUAGUUCACAAGCUGGUGAUACUUAG